AUGCAUAUAAUGCAUCAUAUUGUUAACAACAUAAACCUGCUGGCAGUAACUGAUAUUCUAGCUAUACAACUUGUACAGAUCACAGACAUGUGUCUACCUUCUUAUUUAGAAUUAAGUACAGUACCAGAAUUUAGUUCAGUACCAGUAUUUAGUACAGAACCAGAAUUUAGGUCAGUACCUUUAUUUAGUACAUUAUCAGAAUUAAGUACAGUACCAGAAUUUAGUACAUUAUCAGAAUUAAGUACAGUACCAGAAUUUAGUACAUUAUCAGAAUUAAGUACAGUACCAGAAUUUAGUACAUUAUCAGAAUUAAGUACAGUACCAGAAUUUAGUACAGUAUCAGAAUUAGAAUUAAGUACAGUACCAGAAUUUAGUUCAGUACCAGUAUUUAGUACAGAACCAGAAUUUAGGUCAGUACCUUUAUUUAGUACAUUAUCAGAAUUAAGUACAGUACCAGAAUUUAGUACAUUAUCAGAAUUAAGUACAGUACCAGAAUUUAGUACAUUAUCAGAAUUAAGUACAGUACCAGAAAUUAGUACAUUAUCAAAAUUAAGUACAGUACCAGAAUUUAGUACAGUAUCAGAAUUAG